CUGGCCUCCCCCGGGGCCUCCCCCCUGCCCUCCCCCCUCUCCCCCCCUCCCAGGGUGCCAGUGUUCCAGAGAAAGGGGGCGCUGAAACAUAAGAGGAUCAUCGAGGUCAAGGACCACCAGUUCACCGCUCGCUUCUUCAAACAGCCCACCUUCUGCAGCCACUGCACCGACUUCAUCUGGGGAAUUGGAAAGCAGGGAUUUCAAUGUCAAGUGUGCAGUUUCUCUGUCCACAAGCGAUGUCACGAGUAUGUAACGUUCACCUGUCCUGGAGCCCCCACCGCUCCUACAGAAGACUUGAAGAGUAAACACAGAUUUAGACCUCAGACCUACACCUCUCCAACGUUCUGUGAUCACUGUGGUUCUCUGCUCUAUGGCCUUAUCCAACAGGGCAUGAAAUGCUCCUGUUGUGAGAUGAAUGUCCACAAGCGUUGUGAGAGUCUGGUGCCCAGCCUGUGUGGUCAAGAUCAUACAGAAAAGAGAGGCAGGAUCCACCUGACCGUCCGGGGAGAGAAUGAGGACAUCUUCAUCACAGUGCGGGAGGCUCGUAACCUGAUCCCCAUGGACCCCAACGGUCUGUCUGACCCUUACGUGAAGCUCAAGCUCAUCCCUGACCCCAAGAGCCAGAGCAAACAGAAGACCAAGACUAUCCGCUCCACACUCAACCCUGUCUGGAACGAGAGCUUCACCUUCUCGGUGCGCGGGCGGCAGUGGGAUCGUCGUCUGUCGGUGGAGGUGUGGGAUUGGGACCGUACGUCUCGGAAUGACUUCAUGGGAUCGCUGUCGUUCGGAGUGAGCGAGAUAUUCCGUCACUCAGUCAGCGGCUGGUUCAAACUGCUGGACCAGGAUGAGGGAGAGUACUACAACAUGCCUGUCCCUGAUGAAAAUGAGCCUAGUGGUCUAGAUGCUAUCCCCUCCUCCCUUCUCCCCCCCUCCCUGAGGCCUACCCCUGUCCCCGUGUCUGUCCCUGUCCCCGUGUCUGUCCUGUCCCCCUCAGCCCCGUCAGUCCCCUGUCUGGCCACCCUACCUGCAGGACCAGUCAAGCCCAGGGUUUGCCUCCAGGACUUCAACUUCCUCAUGGUGCUGGGAAAAGGCAGCUUCGGAAAGGUGCUGCUGGCUGAGGAGAGAGGGAGUGAGCGGCUGUUUGCGGUGAAGGUGUUGAAGAAGGAUGUGCUGUUUCAGGAUGAGGACACAGAGAGUGCCAUGGUGGAGAGGAGGGUUCUGGGACUGGCCAACCGCCCCCACUUCCUCACAGCACUCUACUCAGCCUUCCAGACAGAGGACCGUCUGUACUAUGUGAUGGAGUAUGUCAACGGAGGAGACCUCAUGUUUCACAUCCAGAUGGUUGGCAAGUUCAAAGAGCCUCACGCAGCGUUUUAUGCAGCAGAGAUAGCCAUAGGCCUCUUCUUCCUCCAUACUAAAGGAAUCAUCUACAGGGAUCUGAAGCUGGAUAAUGUGUUGCUGGACAGUGAGGGUCAUAUAAAGAUAGCUGAUUUUGGGAUGUGCAGGGAGGGCAUGUUUGAAGGUGACACUACACGUACCUUCUGUGGGACCCCAGACUACAUCGCACCAGAGAUUGUAGCCUACCAGCCCUAUGGUAAGGCAGUUGACUGGUGGUCGUAUGGGGUGUUGCUCUAUGAGAUGUUGGCUGGACAGCCUCCCUUUGAUGGUGUUGAUGAGGAGGAGUUGUUUCAGUCCAUCAUGGAGCAGAGUGUCUCCUAUCCCAAGAGUCUGUCCCGUGAGGCUGUCGCCAUCUGCAAGGGGCUCCUGACCAAGCACCCAGCGAAGCGUCUGGGCGGAGGGGAGGAGGCGGAGAAAGAGAUACGGGAGCAUCCCUUCUUCCGUUGGAUGGACUGGGACCGUCUGGAGAGAAUGGAGAUACAGCCUCCCUUCAAACCCAGAACUGGUGGGAAGAAAGGGGAGAACUUUGACAAGUUCUUCACGGCGGCUCCGUCAGUGCUGACACCCUCUGACCCUGACGUUCUGGCGGCCAUCGACCAGGAAGAUUUCCAGGGCUUCUCCUUCAUUAACCCUGAGCUCGCCCCCCCAACCCUCACUGCCAUCUGAGGGGGGCAGCUAUGUCUCUCUCUACCGCCACUUUUUUGAAGGGCACAACUGUUUGUCUCGCUCUACCCCCCUCUCUUUCUGAGGGGGCAACUCUCUGUCUAUUUAUCCUCUUCUCUUGUUCUGAAGGGAGCAGCUCUGUCUCUCUGUCUGGGGGGGCAAACGCUCCCCCCACCCUCCCCUCCCCGCCUAACAGUCAUUUUCAAGUUAAAAAACAGAGAAUAGCACACAAUUUAAACACAAACAAUCAGAAUACACAUCCUAAAGAUAACUCUCCCUCUCUGCUGUACUCUAGAGCCUUGGUUCGUGGCUUAUUUUUCAGAGAAGAAUCUGUGUAAUACAGGGAACAAUUGCCAGAUUAGUGGUAAAAGUCAAAUAACACAUUUAGUUGAUGCAAUGCAUACAAAACAACAUUACUUUUAUUUAAAGUUGAUGCAGUUAAUUGCAAACAGAUACUGUAAGAUGACACUGAAUCUGACUCUUAAAUCUAUAGUGAUUUUAAGGUAAAUGUAUUUUAUGACGUGGUAUCAUGCUAUUGUAGUAUCAAUAUCAGAUGUGUUACAUAGAAAUAUAUCUAGAGCUGUCUAUAUGCCAAAUUUACAAUCCAUUACUUAUUAAAUUAAUUACCUCUGAUGUUAUGUAUAGCAGUAUGACUUGUGUUAUGUAAUGCCAUAUUGUGUUUUAUUACAUUGUUCUAUUAUAUUAUUACCAAAAAUUGCUCCUUGUUUUGUGUUUCCAGUUUAACUUCAAUCCAUUGAUCAUAUAAUUGUGAUAUAUAGCUAGAAACCUAGAAGACGGGUAAGAAAUCAAAUCAAUCGUUAUAUAUAUUACUGCUUGAAGAAAAGUUGCUCCUAAUCAGUGAUCUAGGAUCAGAUUCCCCUACCUACCCCAAUCCUAACUUUAACCAUUAGACCCGGGGUGAAUGGUAACCAUUCAUGAACAUGAAACCAACUUUAACUAACUCCCAUCUCCAUCAGCAAAUAAAAUAUUUCCCACCAGAUAUGACGACUACAAAGUCAACCAUCUGAUUCAUGUUUCCAUACUGUACAGCCAUGCACUGUCAGCCUUACACGUUGUCAUCUGCCUCAUUCUAUUUCUAUAUCUGUUUGUAUAUUUGUUCAGUUUCUUGCUGAUUAGACACUUUGACCUCGACCCAAACUGAAUAUGAAAGCGCUAACUCAGGUCCAACUGAGCUAACUGACCUGGGUUGGCACUACAUCAGACACGUGACCUGAGGAUAUCUGAGAUGAGGAGGAGGAGACCGUUUUAAUAUGUGAUAUGGCACUCAGUGGUCAUUUUGGCUGAGGUUCACCAAACAUUGACAGAGUGACAGGGAGUAACAGGAAAUAACUCAGAAGGUAACGUAAUAAGGAUUAAUGGGGCACCGUGAGUUAGGAGUUAGGUAGCAUGGUUAGGUCAUUUUCAGCAUAGUUGGGAUUCAGUGAGCUGCAAUGCUUUUUGUUAAGCCCCAACUAAUUAUAGGCUAUCUGCUAGUAUAUAGCAUUGUUAUCUUAUCUGAGAUAGCAUGUAAUAUUGUUACAUCUUUUGUAGAUUUACGUAAGUAGUUUAGUUUGAUUUAAAUUAGAUUAUAUCAAGUCCUCAUUCUUACUUGGCACAUUCCCUGUACGGGUCUGUACUGUAUUGGACUGUACUGUACUAUAUUGUACUGUACUAUACUGUACUAUACUGUACUGUACAGUAAUUUGCUGUGUAAGGACAUUGAUCCACCACUGAUAAGGUUUAAAUGUGGGGCGCAGUACGACAGGUCAAUACAUGGAAACAUAAUCAUGACAUAAUAAUGUUCUGUCAUUAUAAUAUACUUGACCUGGAGAGUGUUGCCAGGCAAAGUUCUGGACUGUUUUCUAUUCAAUCUGGGAUCCCCAUUAUUUUUUAACACUGAUUGUUGAGUGUUACACUGGAAUUAGUCUAAAUUAUUAGUUAGGAAAAAAACAAUCAAAUAUUUGUAUACUUAAUGAAAACAUAGUCGUGAACUAUUAUAAUCCUGGUGAAAUUAUACACAGAGUCAAACUAGGUUUCAAACAUGGCCGUGAGCGACUGAAUUUGUACCAGCUCAAAUCCCAUGUCUCUUUUCACUGCAUAAACAUCUAUACUAAAAGCCUGUAUAGCAUGGAUCAUCAACUAGAUUCAGCCGUGGGCCAAUUUAUUCUGGAGUGGAUGGUCAGGCGGCCAAAACAUAAUUACAAAUCAUUUGUAAACUGCAAAUUGACUGCAAGAAGCCCAAACGGAUAUAAUAUUUGACUACAACAUUAUAAUUUCAAACUUUGUUUACAUUUGUAUACCAUCACAUACUGUAUCUCUAUAAGGGAAUACUUUGGAACAGAUUUCCUAAAUUAAAAUCACUUGGAGCUGAUUUGCUGGUGUUUUUAGUCUUUUAUGUCCACAAUAAAAUAAUUCAAAUACAUUAUUAUAAUUUUUGGGGGGAGCUCAGAAAACUUAGAGGGCCAAAUAAAAUCCCCCGAGGGCCAAAUUCGAACCACGGGCCGCCAGUUGAGGAACCCUGCUGUAUACUGUACUGGACAUGUAGUCUUGAUUGGCCUAAGAACUGUUACUCUAGGCAACUGUAAAUGGUCAACCAGGUUUGAGUGGUCAUCAUCACCCAAGGUCAGUUUGGGUUCAAGGUCAAAUAGAAAGGGAUUUGUGUAGAUAGAUAGAUAGAUAGAUCCAUUACUACUGUACUGCAUCUAUUAGUUGUAGAUAUUAAAAUCAUAGAAGAUUUGAAGUUAUGCAUUUAUCUGUUAUCUGUAUAUUUAUUAGUUGGGUUAUUUCAUGUUUUGUUAAUUGGGAAUACAUACAAAAUCAUAAUAA